CUCUUCCUCACUCUCAUGCUCUGUUCCUCUCUUGAGCGCAUAUCUCACACUUCCUUGCUUUCUCUCUCUCAUUCAGCUCCCUGGCACUGUGGUCGUUGCCCACAUCGCGCUGCCCCCUGCUCCGUUAGAAGCCUCAGAGUAGUGCCCAGGGCCUGGGUGGCCCAGCUUGGAUGUUCCUGUGGCAUCUGUUGGAGGGCCCUAGGGUCACGGCAUUUCCUCUCGGAGGUGACUUGGCAGUGGUGUGCUCUGUUUUCUCACUUCUGCAAUUUCCAGCUGGCACAGAGGCUGAGACUGGGGUCUGGACCCAGACUGAGAAACUCAAACCCUGCAGUCAGCUGUGGCCACCGCCCCGGGUAUAGGCACAGGCGGGAACACUUGAUCAGCUACCACUUGCAGCUCAGAGUAAUGGAGCCAAAUGAUCCCUCCCGUGUGGACUCUGAGUUCCGAUACACCCUCUUCCCGAUCUUUUACAGCAUCAUCUUUGUGCUGGGUGUCAUCGCCAAUGGCUACGUGCUGUGGGUCUUUGCCCACCUGUACCCUUCCAAGAAACUCAAUGAGAUAAAGAUCUUCAUGGUGAACCUCACCGUGGCUGAUCUGCUCUUCUUGGUCACCCUGCCCUUGUGGAUCAUCUACUACUACAACCAGGGCAACUGGACUCUUCCCAGCUUCCUGUGUAACUUGGCUGGCUGCCUCUUCUUCAUCAACACUUACUGCUCCGUGGCCUUCCUGGGUGUCAUCACUUACAACCGCUUCCAGGCAGUGACACGACCCAUCAAAACAGCUCAGGCCACCACCCGUAAGCGUGGCAUCAUUUUGUCCCUGAUCAUCUGGGUGACCAUUCUGGCCGCUGCAUCCUACUACCUUACCAUGGACUCCACCAACACAGUGUCCAACAAAACUGGCAACUUCACCCGCUGCUUUGAGCAUUAUGAGGAGCGCAGUGUGCCAGUCCUCAUCAUCCACAUCUUCAUUGUGUGCAGCUUUUUCCUUGUUUUCCUCAUCAUCCUCUUUUGCAACCUGGUCAUCAUCCGCACGCUGCUCAUACAGGCUGAGCAGGUACAGCGCAAUGCUGAAGUCAAGCACCGGGCACUUUGGAUGGUCUGCACAGUCUUGGCUGUGUUCAUCAUCUGCUUUGUGCCCCACCACGUGGUACAGCUGCCCUGGACCCUGGCUGAACUGCGCUUCCAGAACAACAGUUCCCACCAGGCUAUUAAUGAUGCACAUCAGAUCACCCUUUGCCUCCUUAGUACCAAUUGUGUUUUAGACCCCAUCAUCUACUGCUUCCUUACCAAGAAGUUCCGAAAGCACAUCACUGAGAAAUUGUACAGCAUGCGCAGCAGCCAGAAAUGCUCCCGGGCCACCAUAGACACUGGCACCGAAGUAGUCAUGCCACUCAGCCAGAUGACCGUCAAUUGCCUCAAAAAUUAGUCCCUGAUUACUAGGGCAGCCCCAAAGGACUUUUCUUCAUGAGUAUCAAGGACUGACCUGGGGGAAGAAGAGCUAUCUGUUGUGCUCUGGGCUGUGGUUUGUGCCUUUCCUACCUGGGUGAUGGUGGCCUGUUAGGUAUGGAGGCAACCUCACCAAGGCAGAGAUGAUGGCAGAGCAAAACUGAGGACAUCUAGGCCAGAGCACCACAAGGCCCAGAGUCUUCCACGGAAGCACGCACUUAGGCUGGGAAGUGCUUGCAUGUAGUGAAGCCUCCAGAGUGGAAAGAGCUGGUCUAGUCUCCUUUCCUCUCUUUCUGGGAGGACCCUCCUAACUUAGUGUCUUAGUUAUCUAGUGCUGCUAUACCUGAAGUACCGCAAGUGGAUGGCUUUCAUAAACAGAAAUUUAUUUUCUCACAGUUUAG